AUGGCGAACGCUACGCUUGCCGUCGUCCUGGCCGUGCUUGUUCUGGUGCAGGUUUCGUGCGGCGUCGCGCGGCAUCACCACGACCCGGACCCGUGCGGCGGGGACUCGGUCCUGCUGGGCCACAAGGACAACGGCUGCUCGUCCCCGGCGGUGUCGGCCCACGGCACGCGCGCGGUGAUGACGGUGAACGGGUUCCAGAAGGGCGAGGACGGCGGAGGCCCAUCAGAGUGCGACGGCAAGUACCACAGCGACAACGACCUGAUCGUGGCGCUGUCCACGGGGUGGUACGCGGGAGGGAAGAGGUGCCACAAGAAGAUCCGCAUCACGAGCGUGCAGAACGGGCGCACCGUGGAGGCAACGGUCGUGGACGAGUGCGACUCCCGCCACGGCUGCAAGAACAACAUCGUCGACACGUCCAAGGCCGUCUGGAAGAAGCUCGGGCUUGACACCGACAUCGGCGAGGUCCCAGUCACCUGGUCCGACGCAUGA